AUGCCGAUUCAGUCGAGAUGGACCACACCCGUCCCGGAGGUCUCCCUUCAGAAAUGGGUCUUUGGAUCUUCGUUCGGGCGUCUCACGAGCGACCCGGUCUUUAUUGACGCGGACAGACCGCAAAACAAGGUCACGUACUCAGACUUCCGCCUCUGGUCCAAGAGGGUCGCGCUGGGCUUGCAGAGGUGCGGACUGCAAAAUGGCGACAGAGUGCUGCUGUUUAGCGGCAACCACAUCCUGUUCCCGUCCGUCUUCAUGGGCGUUGUGAUGGCCGGCGGCAUCUUCACAGGAGCUAGCCCGGCGUUCACGGCAAACGAGCUCGCGUACCAGCUGAGCAACAGCGGCGCCUUCGUCCUCAUCGCUGCACCUCAGGUGCUCGAUAUCGCUGUCAAGGCCGCCGAACAGGCUAAGCUACCGAAAGAACGUCUCUUUGUUUUGAACGAUCCAAACGACAGAAGUCAGUCUGCUUCAGGCGUACGGUCCUGGAUGGAGUUGCUGGCAAACAAUGCCGACGCGGAGAAGUUUGACUGGGUUGAACCGUUGAACCCUUGCGAGACGACCUGCUGCCUCAACUACAGCUCCGGUACGACAGGUGCUCCCAAGGGCGUCGAGAUUACUCAUUACUCUUACGUGGCGAACGGAGAAGCCUCUCUGCUCCAGCACCGCUUGAACAAAGAAGCCACGCGCGACACCUCGAUAGGCGCCGGGCUCUGCUUCCUUCCUCUCUACCACGCGGCGGGACAGACUACCUACGCCGUCAACCACCCCAGGAUGGGCAUGCCGGUGUACGUCAUGCCGGCCUUCAACUUCGAGCGCAUGCUGCAGCACAUCCAGAACUACGGCAUCAGCUCGCUCGGCUGCGCCCCUCCCAUCGUGCGCGCGCUGGCCAAGAGCCCGCUGCCGCGCAAGUACGACCUGAGCUCCGUCUCGACCCUCACCUGCGGCACGGCGCCGCUGGCGCCCGAGCUGGCCAUCGAGGUCGAGAAGCUGUGGCCCCGCGGCAGCGUCUUCGUCAAGCAGGGCUGGGGCAUGACCGAGCUGACGUGCGUGGGCACCAUCAUGGAUCCGGCCGCGACCGCCCGCUCGGACUCCGUCGGCGAGAUGGUGCCCAACGCCACGUUCAAGCUCAUGGACGGCGACAGGGAGGUGACGGAGGCGAACAAGCGCGGAGAGCUGUGGUUCUCCGGGCCCACGGUCAUGAAGGGCUACUGGCGCAAUCCCAAGGCCACGCAGGACACCAUCGAGGUGGAGAACGGCACGCGGUGGCUCAAGACCGGCGACAUAGCUUAUGUGGACUCUUACGGUCCCGGGGGCAUGAUUCACAUUGUAGACCGCAUCAAGGAGCUGCUCAAGGUCAAGGGAUUCCAGGUCGCUCCGGCAGAGCUCGAGGCUGUGCUCCUCGAGCGCAAGGAUGUGUUGGAUGCUGGAGUCGUCGGUGUCAAGAUAGAUGGAGAGGAAGUCCCCCGAGCCUACAUCAUCAAAUCCCCAGAUAGCAAGGCCACAGAGGCCGACAUACAGAAGUGGAUGGAGUCCAAGGUGGCCAAGUACAAGCGGUUGACGGGCGGUGUUGUCUUCACCGACAACAUCCCGAGAGUUCCGUCCGGCAAGAUUCUACGCCGGGUUCUCAAGGAGCGGGCCCAGGCGGAGCUGGCGAAGGAGAAGAGACCCGCGAAAUUGUCGUGA